UUACUGACGGCAGGUAAACGGCGAGGUCGUUACAUUGUCUCACCAGCCAGUCUCUACUUGAAACCAUAUCUCCUUCACCAGUAGAAGAAUUCAUACAGAGAAUGGCCAGCGACAACGACGCGCAAAUAGGAUACGGUAGACGCGGUGCUUCAUCGUCGAGCAGCAGAGAAUCUUCGCCCGUUGCUAAACGGCAGAAACGGUCUUUCACCCCAACCUCUGACGAUGAGACCCCCGUAGUCCCUGCCCCAGUCGAAGCUAAUGCGGAUGCGCUUUCCAGAGAUGGCACACCAGCGCCAUUGAUUCGCCAAGCAGUCGGAUUCUCAUGGCAGCCGUCCGUCCUGCCUAUCGCAACUGUCAACACCUACCAAGCUGUCCUUCCCUCAAAUACAAAUGCAAUCCAAUUUCUCCCGGGACAGGCACUGCCCAAGAAAAAGAAAAGGAGACCCAAACCGGAGUACUCCGCUCAGACAAGCCGGUUCCGACUCUCCCAGGUACCCGAGCCCACACCUACACCCACACCAGAACCCUUAGCACAGCCCGCGCUAUAUGCUGGUGCGGGUCCGUACUCUUCUAUGUAUCGCAUCAUCAAUGCUGCAUCACCCAGCGCUAGCGUCACGAUGUCUAACCCUUCAAUGGCCGACGGUGGACCACCUGCGGAAGCUCAUUCCCCGGCCACAUCUUCUACAAUAGCUUCCACCCCACGUAGUUCCUAUAAUGCGACACCAGGGGCAUGCAAUAACACCAACUCAGGCCAAAAUCGUACCCUCGGGCAACUCGGCGGACCCACAGCGCCUGCCAAAAAUAAACGGAGCAGAAAGUCAGCCGGACAACGUACAGAUCAGGACCCUGGUACUUUCACUCAGCCAUCAGCCUCUAGCCGCCAACUUCAGCCCCCUCCUUCCACUAUGCAUUACCAACACCCAGGAGCACAUUAUCGUCGUGAUUAUGAGAUGAACCUAGGUUCUCGCUCACCUUCCACAAGUGCAGUAUCUGUUCAAGAACCUGCGAGACAGACUUCUGUACAAGAACGGUUCGCAGCGCCUCCAGCCUCUGGAGGACAAAUGCGACCUCUUCGGAUGUUGACGCUCCUCAUUGAGGAUGUCAGAAGUGGCGUCCCUGAUCACCAGCUUGCAGAGAUCAAAGUAGUUCUUCGGCCAGGAGAAGACACAGACGGUGGUUUUUGGGCAAAUGCAAAAGAAGUCUGCGAGACUUUGCAGGCCGGACCGUCGCGGAUAGAUGGUCCUGCGAGGGUAUAUACGCUUCGCGGAAAAUAUCGCCAGUUUUUCAUGCGCGUGGACGCUGACAACAUGCUCGAAGCAGAGUCAUGCAAUCUUGGUGUGAGCAAAGAACGCACGCUGGAAGUCGUCGUUGAAGCUCCUGUCCCCAAAGGUCGAUUACCUCCCCCUCCUCGGGUUCCUUGUGAAAUGCAACAAGCGUCUGGCUCUGACUCCGAUACUGCCCUGUCACCCUCUCGACAGCAAAGCUCGAGACAGGCAAUGUAUUCAGGAGUCACACGUGAUACGCGCCUCGAUCUGUUGUCACAAAGUGAUUACCGCCCCCAAAAGAGAAAACGACCCUCCCAAAGCCAUUCAUCACCUCAAAAUAAAGCACCGCAUAGCCCAGUCCAUAGGACUCCUUCACCUAGUCGCACGCCACAUCGAGCGAGGCAGUCAAGGGAUGGAGAUUUAGAAAGUUCCUCUUCAUCCGAUGAAGAUGGAGGACGAGAUAUAUCUCCACCCGUUCCUGGGCGCCAUGCAGCGACAGAAGAUGAGAGGAACAAUGCGAUUGCCAAUUUCAUUCGAUCAGACAUAGAGGGUGACAAGGAAUGGCCGCGAUGCAUGUCGAUCAUCUCUCAUGGAGGCCCAAAGCGCGUUUCUGACGUCCUGUGGACCUACAAUUACGUCGAAAGCAGAGUUAAGGAACACGAAGAUAAGAAAACGCCAUCACACUGGGACGGCGCGCCAAACUCUAGGGUUCAAAGACGGCAUGUUUGGCGUGCACUGAACCUCACUCCCGAAUGGGGAAAAGAGUGUCGGAAGGUUCUCACUCUUGUCGGUCAUUACGGGAAGUAUGGGCGGAGGUAUCAGGAUCCGCAUGUCAUGAAUGAGAUUGACAGUACGGCUGCUCCUACAGAGAAGACUUGGAAACGGUUUGUUAAACUGCUGCACUCGGUUGAUGCGCAGUAUAUGGCCAGUCGACUGACGGAAAACAUGUGAACGCGGGCUGUUCACGGUGGAUUUCAACUCUUCACGCUAAUAUCGCGCUCGCACUCUCAUCAGUGCAUAGCCAUCUAGCUACAUUAUUCUCAUCUAAUACAAAAUCGUUUUCUUGGUGUGAUAGAGCAUACGAUAUGACGAUGAAAUGGCAGGUAGAUCAAGGUACGAAUUAAAAUCUCUGUCCUUCCAAAUGCACAGCUACAAUAUCUCCAGUGUCCUGACGUCCAUCAUAGUGUGCACAGAGCCAUGUUUCUCACUUGUGCACAAUCCGACGCGAUUCUCUUGUAUUCUCCACCCUGCUGUUGCAUCAGCAAAAGUACGCCCAAAGAUUGUCCGAGACGAAUGAUCAAUCGCAACG